UGCUGACAACAUGCGUGUGGGAAUUGGUAUUAAAUCCCCCUCAUGGUUACAAGGUCGGUUAUUUUUGAAUCACCGCACCCGUGUGCAAAGAGGAGGGGAGCAGGAUCAGAUUCCUAAACAGGACGGAGACGGAGAAUGUGAGUGAAAGAGAGAUCUUUCUGGGCAACGUCUUGCGGGCAACCAGAUAGCGUUUAAUAAGUUAUCAUAACUCGAGUGGAUCACCAUGAAACUCAGCUUGGCUUUGUUCUUCGCCGGUUUGUUUGGGGCUCUCGGUGUUCUGCUCUUUCUAGUGGCUUUUGGGACGGAUUACUGGCUUCUCGCCACCGAAAGAUGUCCCUCUGUCGAAAAUAGAAUGGAUUCGUUCUCUGCAGAGAGGGGAGAUAUCAUUGUUUCUCCCCAUAAAGCUGGUGCCACUUACCACCAUGAGGGAUUUUUCUGGAGAUGCUGGUUUAAUGAAGCGGUGAUGGAUGACAACAUCUGGAAAUUCUGGUUCACUAACCAGCCUCCUUCAAAGUUCUGUAUGCACGCAUACCUUCUCCCAUUCCCUUUGACAACUGAAGCACAUAAUUCCACAGCCUAUGAGACUGCAAUCAUUUACAGAGGCUUUUGGUCUAUAUUCAUGAUGUUGGGCGUCGUAGCUGCCACUGUCGGAGGCUUCAUCAUCAUCUGUGCUGCUCCAUUUUCCAAUUAUAAUCUAUACAAAGCAGGUGGUGGACUAUUUCUGUCUGCUGGUAUGUUAUUCACGAUACUUGUCAUUAUGUAUGUCAUCUGGAUCGAAACUGUCAUUGAUAUUCCAGAAUACAUUCUGAAGCAGAGAACAAACGUCUGCUUUGAUUUUGAGCUGAGCAUUCAGUAUGGAUGGUCUUUCAUAAUUGCUCCCAUUGGGAUAUUUUUCUCCUUGCUGGCAGGCUUGUUGUUCCUUCUUGCUGGCCACACCAUUCAAAUUCAUUAUGAUUAAAAGACAAAUCCUGUGCAUUAAAAAUGAGAAAUCACUGCCUUUAAUGCGAAGAAAGUUUGCCAAAUGUACACAUUAGAAAUGAUAUAUUUUUUAAUGCAACUUCGAACAUCAUUCUGGUGAUAUGAUCUUCAUAUUUGUAUACCAUGAACAAUCUUUAGACUUGUUAACAAUUUAGAAGCAGGUACAAACAUGAAAUUGCUGAAAAACUAAAUAUAAUCUCAAACCAACUAUUUUAAAGCCAUGCUGUGUUAGUUUGAAAAAAUAAUAAUCCCAUUCUAAAUAAUCGUUUAGUAUUGUUUCGCUUGGCAAUUUAUAAUCAAUUGAUAGCUGUACAAUGAGGAAUUGAUUUUCUUUGAUUUCUCCAAAGGCAAAUAUUAAGAAACACCUGAAUGCAAUAAUUACAAAUGUCCAAAGAGGUAGAUAGAUAUCUCAGGGAUAUCUUUAGAUUGCUGAUAUUACUUUCAAUGUCUAUUGACACAAAAACGAUAGUGUUGAUUAUUACACUAAAACAAAUUAUUAAUUGGAGAUGAUAUUUACCCGUUCAUGUAGACUAAUGACAAAGGAAAUUCAUUUGUGAACAAGUCUAAAAGGUUCAAGGCAGCUUGUUAUCAAAUGAAAUAGAGUGGGUUGUUUUGCAAAUUCUGAUAAUUUAAUAUUAUUAAAAUCAUUUGUGUGCAGUUGUCAUUCAUAACCCCAACCCAGAACUGGUGUCAAUGAGGUGCACCAAUUGUCAAUAAACCAACAAGAGGACAAAUAAGUGAACAUCUUUAUUCAUUUAAUCAACGGCUAUAGGAUAGAAUGAAUGUGAGGUUGGAAAGCAAGUUCCUGUUCUCAGCCAAGAAAUAUCAAUUACAGGUCUUAUAUUGAAGUAAUUGUACCAAAUAAGUACUAUCUGUUCUUUUUAGUUAUUUGACAGCUGUUCUCAUUGCAAUAAAUUACUGCCCCCUUAUUAGAAGCCCUGGUGAUAGAAGGAGCAAAGUAAAGACAUGUUUAUUUUCUAAAAGUGAAGAAUUUUGCAUGACUGUGUAAUGUGUGUUGUUAGUGCAUGAAAUCCAUUUAUCUUAUAUUCACGGAUAACACUUUAUAUGACCUAUUCUAAUUGCUAUCAGUGAUGAUGGUGGUUCAGUCAAUUGGGCAUUUUAGAUUUUUCAUAAAGAUUGACUGAAUGAUCAGCACAAGAAAUGUCUCAAAUCCUCAUUAUAUUAUAACAAUUAAGAACAGGGUAUGCCAGAAAUCUUAGGUGAAAUGUCCUGUAUCCAACAUCCCCUGCUUGGACCAUUUUAAUAAAUACCUACUCAAGGUAUUGUGUGCUGGUGAUGCUUUUAAAGAUACCACUUUAUAUAAAUGUUUAGAAUAAACUAAACUAAUUCCAUUCUGUCACGACUGACUGUAUGGUCUCUCCAAAACUUCUUAGCUCUGACUGCAGGGAUACUUAAACGUUAGGCAACGGGAGCUAAAAUAUUUUCAAGUAUUUUCCUAAGUUGCUAAAUCUUGGAGGUUGGAUUUGCAAUAAUUUGUUUCAUCUAUGAUGGAUUUUAGUCAAUUCAUUUAUUAUUGCAGCAUUUUGAAAGAGAAAUUGCCUUGGCCAUGGAUUUCUCCAAACUGCAUCAUGGUAGUAUGUCCCGGUGUAUCGUGCAUCUUGGUGUUCCUUCAGUUUAAUUUAUCCCAUAUUUGCAGAGAUGUGUGCUUUUCAAUACUUCUGUAGUAUACUGUGCAGAGGUACUUAAUCACUUUGGCUUAAUUUGUGAAUGUUAAUGUAAAUUUUGUUUGGGUCUGAUGCAGUGAUGGUAAUAACGUGGGUGACUUCCAGUACAGUUUUUAUAAAAUAGAGUUCUGUGUCCUGCACAGUUCAGGAUAUUCCCUCGGGAGAAGAAAACUGUAGAUGCCAACUAUAAUCAUUAUUGAGUAGGAGGGAACUGCAGUUGCUGCUUUAUACUGAAGAUAGGCAUAAUAUGCUGGAAUGUACUCAGUGGGCCAGGCAGCAUUUCUGAUCAGAUUUAGCCAUACACAGUCUGAAGAAAGGUUCCGAUCCAAAACGUCACCAAUUUUUCUUCAGCGAUGCUGCCUGACCCGCUGAGUUACUCUAGCACUUUGUGUCUAUCACCAUUAUUUCACUCUUGGUCAUCUUCAGCAGAUACUCCAAGCAUCACAUUUCCAUCAUGGCUUAACAGAACUUUGAAUUCUGUGAAUCGCCAUUUACAAUCAAGUGUAGUUUCUUUUGUUAUUCAAAAAAAAUGUGUCCUUUGCAAAUUUCAAUGAGUGUCAUGUGCAAACUAGUCUGCUUCCUGGCAUGGACAUUAAUACUUGCAUGGUUAGAUCAGACAUUUUUAUUGUGAAAAAAAAACAAACUGCUGGAUGAACUUGCUGGGCCAGACAGCAUCUAUGGAGGAAAAUGGAGAGUCACAGUAACGGCUCUAGACGUUUCAUCUACAGUCUCCAUUUCUUUCUCGUCUGUGUUUCACAACAACCAAUUACUUUUUUCAAUCAUUGUUUAGGAAUCUCUCAACUUCAUUUUUGACAGGUGGCUAUAUAUUUUUUGGUCUUGAAGAAUUAAUUUUCUUCUGACUAAGAUAUGAAGCAGUGACAAGCAGAAUCCUCGACUGGUUAUUUUGCCCGCUUUCAUGUGCUAAUGAUAGCAUGACACAAUGCAGAGGAACUAUUUUUCCUUUUAAAAUAAUUAACCCUGACAAAGCAGGAAUGAAUUUCCUCUGGGGAUCUAACUUUGGUAAAGAUUAGCUGAAAUCUCAUUUCUAUAAAUGUGUGGUCUCCACUGAUCUUCUCAAGAUGGAUAGGUAGAACAGGAGAAGUCCUGUUAUAUUAUUUGAACUAAAAGCCUGCAUGUUUUAACAUAUACCACCAGGGAAAAAUAAUCCUGCGCAUGGCUAAUUCUGACUGAUUAUCUGAUAAAAUUGAUCAUUUGCAUGUAACACAACCUAGCUGUUUUUUACGGAGAUAGACACAAAAUGCUGAAGUAACUCAGUGGGUCAGGCAGCAUCCUGGAGAGAAAGAAUAGGUGACAUUUCAGGUCGGAACCUGAAGAAGGGUUCUGACCCAAAAUGUCACAUAUUCUUUUUCUCCGUAGAUGCUGCUUGAUCCGCUGAGUUACUCCAGCAAUUUGUGUCCGUCUUCGGUAUAAACCAGCAUCUGCAGUUCCUUCCUACAGAGCUGUUUUUCAGUCCAUUUAAUUGGGCUGAUUCUGCGCAAGGACUACAAUCCUUUGUACAUCCUAGUGGCUAAAUUUAAGACACCCAAUUUCUCAUGAAGGCAAGCAGGCUAAAUUCAUACUAAGGUAUGGUGUUAAAACUAGCAAUGUAGCUCGCUCCUGUAUCUUGGAAAUAUGUCCAGUUAUUUUGAUGUGUUGAGAUAGGCAUGGAAUAGAUCUGUGAGUUAUAUAAUAUGAUUAAAGAAUACAAUAAACCUUUGGUGGAUCUAAAUGUGUAGCAAUAUUAUGACAUUUUUACAGAAUCAAAACUUUCAUUUUCUUUACUCAAUUAAUCAGAUGUAUGUUUUAACUUGUCGUUCACCAUAAUCCUCAUUCAAAUUAUUUAAAGGAUAUCUUUCUGUCAAAUGCAUGUUUACACAGCCUAUUUGGUUGAAACUUGCAGUUUAAUUUUUUUUCAAAUAUUUCUCAACAUAACUAUUGAACAAUUAUCCUAUUGAAUUUCAUUGAAAAUGUUACAUAUUAGAAACUUUUAAGUCAAAAUUUUGCCCUAUUGCUGGGUUUAUUUUCUUUGUUAUUUAUUAAAAAAAACAUUGUGAGGCAAUUGUUGCCUUUAACAGUUGGGAAAUCAUCUCAAUAAAAUAUUUGCAACGAA